AUGAACAAACAAAAGCUAUACACGGACCAAUCAUAUUUCUGCUUCAAGGCCUUUUACCCAGCGUCAGUUGUGUUAACCUCAAACAAUUUAUCUCUUCCAGAAUCUGUGAAAGUUAAUCCUGUGAACCAACCGAUCUACAUGAUCCGUAAAGUGCACUCCUCCAUCCUCCUCAAUGGAUACCAACCCAAAAAUCGAGACUCUGUUCGAUGGAUCUAUGUCAAUUCCCAGACACGUAAAACAAUUGUCCACUAUUCACCAUCCAGCAUGCAGUUCAACCCUUAUUACAAACACCGCGCAGAAUUUGAUGUCUUCACUGGAUCUUUGCUGUUGCGCAAUUUACAAGCUGCAGACAGUGGAAUUUAUGAAGUAAUUUUAAAUCCAGUAGACACUCAGACACUUGAAAAAGGUGAUCAACUUUCCUAUGUGGAGCUGGAAGUUCAAGUCCAUUCUUACCCUCUGCACCACAAGUUUUUAUUUUCCACAAUAAUCUUUGAUGUGACAUCUUAUCAAAUUCCUUUUGGAAAUCAUCCACUGGUUUCAUUUGAUCAAGAACAGCUGGUCUCACCACAGAUCAUUCAGAAUCCAGCACACGUACUCAAUCAUGUUGAACUACGGUGCAUUGUGCAAAUCGGAAAAGCAAACACUAUCUGGUGGGAGAAAGAUACGAAGAAAGUAUUUGAUAACUCACAUUUGCGGAUUGAAUUUGAUGGCAGUGCAUUGUUUAUUGAUCAGAUGAGCAUCAUGGAUUGUGGCCUCUACACCUGUCUUGUGAAAAACAAUGUCAGCCUAAACAGCAACUCAGUCUUCCUCAGUGCAGAUGGAAUACUGUUUCUGCAUGAAGAUGCUCUGGUCAGCUCAGUAGUUGCUCUGGUUAGUACAUUGACAUCAUUCAUCUCGACAGGAUUCAUACUCUUUGCCGUGGAGAAAAAACAAGUGAAGAAAUAUUGUCUCCAGGUGAAUUCAGUGGUGCUCAUCUAUCAUGGACUCAACUUUGUUUGUCAUCUCGUUACAUUUGUCAUCUUCGUCUUAGAUGAAGGGUUUGUAUUUGGAUACAAGAUUGCUGCCACCAUUGGGUGCAUCCACUAUUUUGCAAAGACAGUCUACAUCGUGAUCUUAUUCCUGCAAAGUCAAACUAUACCAUUUCCAUUUCUGACCAAUUACUAUAAAGGAACAAUAUUCCUUGGAUGUGAAUUUCUGGUCUUGCUGAUUGAUGUUCUCCUGAUUUACAAAUCAAAGCUGAAUAUGAUAGUUUGUAAAUUUUCAUACCAUGCAUUGGUUGUGAAGAUUAUCUUGUCUGUGACAAUAUAUGUUUCCAGCCUGGGAUUAUUUAUCCUCUUCCACACCAAGCUCUCACACAGAAAACUUAGAAGUCAUUUCCAAUUGAAAGCCGUGAAAAGAAUAAAAGAAAGCAAAAGUGAAGAUGAUGCUGGCAAUGACAAUUAUUUUAAAUAAAAUGCAAUGCUACAAGAUAGAGUACCAAAUGGAGUAUUAUAUCAACUCCAGAAUCUAGGAGCAAAACAAACACAGGGGAAUGUUAGGGAAAAUUCAGCAGGUCUGGCAGCAUCUUGGAGAUAAAAAUAGAGUUAAUGUUUCGAGUCUGUCAUGACUUUUCUUCAGAACUGAAAAGAGUUGGAAAGUUUUUUUGUAUAUAUGUUUUAUAGAGAUUGGAGAAGAGCAAGGGGGCAGAUAGUGUAAUGGCCAGUGCAAAAGCAAAAGGUGUCGUUAAUGGUGGAGAAAGAGGAAAAAGAUAAGUAAACUGGAGUGAAUAGGAGGGAAGGUCAUAUUAUAUUAACGAACCACAAAAGGGUAAGGGAAGCUCACUAAUAGAACUAACUUAAAGACUUUUUAUCAUAAUGCAUGGAGAAUCCAGAAUAAUGGAUCAAAUUGAGAUUACACGGACUUUGAACUAGUUAAAGGGCAGGGAGGGCUCAGGAGAGGUUUUUAAAGUUUCUAGAACAGGUAAUCAGGCAAAGAGUAUGGAAAUAGUUAAGAAUCUAACUGCAGAUGAAGACAGCUAUGAGAAGGGGGCAGUUAAUUCAGGAUAGACAGUGUGGUGGGAAACAAGAUGAAUGAACUUUGUUAUGAAGGUGUAGUUGUGUACUAUACUUUUUAAGUAAGAGUGGAAGCUAGCAAGGACUAACUGAAAGCACAGAGUAUGCUGUAGAAUUUAAAAAUGUAACAUUUGUUUGAAACAAAUAGCUAGUGCUAUGUUGCCAUGGAACAAAAACAAAUUCGAAUUCAGCCAAUCAGUUUAAAUUAUGCCCCUGAAACCAAAAUCCAAUAGAAUUUGAAUUUAAUGUUUUGAUGACAUCAAACCAAUGAAAUGAUCCAAUGUUUGCGGUAUAAAACCAGAAAUCCUGAACAGUUAGGUGGAAAACUUCUAAGAACUUCAACAAGUACAGACUGCUCACCGAAUAGCUCUCUGAAAAGUACCAGUCCAUAAGAAAUUUGUGCAGCAGAAGACCGAAGCCACUCUAUAAAAAUCUACAGAAAAAAAAGUUCAACAUCUGAAGAUGACAACUGGGUUUGAAAGUGAUUUGCCGUUAAUUUAAGAGGGACUUUAUCAGAUCGGUAUUGUAGAAUAGGAGGUAAAAGAUAGAUUUAAGUGA